GUUCAACCGAACACUACCUUACCUUAUCCAAUCAUUUCUUCCUGGUCAUCAAAUCUCCGCUCCUGCCCUCCCUCCAUCUUUUCUUCUACACUAUCAGCAAAACAAAAUCGCGCAAAAAAUCAUGGCUUCUUCCACACUCUCACCCGUCACUCCUUCUCAGCUAUGCUCGAGCAGGAAUGGCAUGUGCUCCGGCUCCCAAGCGUUGAUGGUGAAAUCCGUGAGAAGCGGCGCCGGCGGGAAGAAGAAGGGGUUGAAGGUCACGUGCAUGGCCACCAGUAUUCCGGCCGACGAUCGGGUGCCGGAUAUGGGUAAGAGGCAACUCAUGAACUUGCUUCUCUUGGGUGCCCUUUCUCUCCCCACUUCUGCCAUGUUGGUACCUUAUGCAGCCUUCUUUGUACCUCCUGGGUCGGGAGGUGGAAGUGGUGGUACCGUUGCUAAGGAUGCCCUAGGAAAUGAUGUCCUUGCUUCUGAGUGGCUAAAGACUCAUGCACCUGGGAACCGUACCCUCACGCAAGGGUUGAAGGGAGACCCUACCUAUCUUGUUGUCGAGAAUGACGGGCAACUUGCAACUUACGGGAUCAAUGCUGUUUGCACCCACCUUGGUUGCGUGGUGCCAUGGAACGCAGCCGAGAACAAAUUCAUAUGCCCUUGCCACGGAUCCCAGUACAACAACCAAGGAAGAGUUGUUCGAGGACCAGCUCCUUUGUCCUUGGCCUUGGCUCAUGCCGACGUUGAUGAUGAUAAGGUAGUGUUCGUUCCAUGGGUUGAGACUGAUUUCAGAACCGGCGAGAACCCAUGGUGGGCAUAGACAUCUUUUUCGAAUGAAUUACCCGGCCCCUCGGGUAUUUCACCUCGCUUGAAGGAAACCGAGCUCGCUCCUUGUACUAUUUGUAGUAUAUGAGUAUUGAAAAUUAAUCAUCAAGAAACAAAAAAAAAAGGAUAGUUCAAGUUAUUGGAUAUCACUGAGUGAUGGAUGUAGCCUGGAACAUCAUCAAUCAAAUGUCAUACAAAUUUCACUUUGUUCU